AUGGCGCAGCCUCCACCCGCACUUGCUGCCGACUACCAGCAGGAUGGCCCGGAGGCCAAGCGCAUCGCAGCCACCAUUCCGUACUACCCGUUUCACGGUGUGCCAAGAUUCUAUGACAUCAGUGGCAUGCUCGCGGACCCGACAGUGUUCCAACUCUGCAUCGACGUCUUCGUCCAGCGUUAUGCCGCCUCUUCUAAGCAAGAAAUCGACUGUAUCUUCGGCCUGGACGCCAGGGGCUUCGUGCUAGGACCCAGCAUCGCGCUCGCUCUGAAGAAACCAUUCAUCAUGCUUCGGAAGAAGGGCAAGCUACCGAACGCGAUCACCGGUGCGGAAUACCAGAAGGAAUACAAAAGCGUCGACAACGCGGCCACAGGCACCGACGAACUCUGUAUGCCAAAGAUGGCGUUCGACUUUUGGACAAACCAAAAAGAGGCCGCAUCUAGUGGAGCCGCGGAGGAUGGCGCAGCAACUAGCAUGUCUACUACGAGCGACAAGCCACGAGCGCUGAUCAUUGACGACCUGGUCGCAACCGGUGGGACGCUCCUUGCAGCGUGCGAUCUCGUUUCCACCGCCGGGGCGGAGAUUGUGGAGUGUGCCUGCAUAGUGGAACUGAAGGCGUUGCGAGGGUAUGAGAAGUUGCAAGCAAAACAUCCAGGUGUGAAAGUGUGGGCACUCAUUUCAGAAGAGAUUUUGACCCGGGAGGGCUGAAGCCUUCUUAUUGCGUACAGAAUAUUAUAUAUGGGUUCAGCGACUGGGUGCAGCUGCAGCUCGCAGAGCGUGCG